AUCGCGGUCGACGUCGGGUUGUAAUUUCAUUCUCAACUCUCAUGCUUUCACGAACAGUGCAGCGGACCGCUGCGCGUCGUCUUCGACAGCAGGCCGGUCGAUGGACGAGUCAGCGAGGCCUGGCGACCCCGACCGAUCCUUAUGACGUUGUCGUCAUUGGCGCUGGUCCUGGAGGUUAUGUCGCUGCUAUAAAGGCUGGUCAACUGGGUCUGAAGACCGCCUGUAUUGACAAACGCGGUCCUCCCGGUGGAACUUGUUUGAAUGUCGGCUGUAUACCAUCAAAAUCCAUGCUGAACAACUCCCACAUUUACCACCAGACGCAGCAUGACCUGCAACGGAGGGGUAUUGACGUUAGCGGUGUUAGCCUGAACCUUCCCCAGAUGCUCAAGGCCAAGGAACAAUCCGUCACCGGUCUUACAAAUGGGAUCGAGUUCCUGUUCAAGCAAAACAAGGUCGACUACUUUAAAGGUGCUGCUUCGUUCGUUUCUCCUACACAGAUUGCGGUCAAGCUGAACGAUGGAUCCGAAAACUCUCUCGAGACAAAGAGCGUUAUUAUUGCUACCGGCUCUGAAGUCGCCCCUUUCCCUGGCGGUGGUAUCCAGAUUGACGAGGAGCAGAUUGUUAGCUCAACUGGAGCUCUUUCACUGCCAGAGGUUCCUGAAAAGAUGGUCGUCAUUGGUGGUGGGGUCAUCGGUCUUGAGUUGGGCAGCGUCUGGAGUCGUCUCGGAGCCGAGGUCACUGUGGUCGAGUACUUGGGUGCAAUCGGUGGUGCCGGUAUUGACGAGGAAGUCGCUAAACAAUUCCAACGCUUAUUGACUAAACAGGGCGUGAAGUUCAAGACCAACACCAAGGUUUUGUCUGCGGAUAAGGAAAACGGGAAAGUUAUCAUCAAGACGGAGGCUGCCAAGGGUGGAAAGGAGGAAUCCUUUGAAGCGGACGUCGUUCUUGUUGCAGUUGGACGCCGACCGUAUGUCGAGGGUUUGAAUCUCGAAGCCAUCGGUGUAGAGUUGGAUCCCAAAGGCCGCAUCAUCAUCGACGAUCAGUUCAAUACUUCGAUACCUAACAUCAAGUGCAUUGGUGAUGUUACCUUUGGGCCCAUGCUUGCCCACAAAGCCGAGGAAGAGGGUAUCGCUGCUGUCGAGUUCAUGAAGACCGGACACGGCCAUGUCAACUACAACGCUAUCCCUUCGGUUGUGUAUACUCAUCCCGAAGUAGCGUGGGUUGGAAAGACAGAGCAGGAACUCAAAGCCGCUGGUGUGCAGUACAGCAUCGGUAAAUUCAGCUUCACCGCCAACUCGCGUGCCAAGACCAACCUUGACACGGAUGGUUUUGUCAAGAUCAUCACUGAGAAGGAGACUGAUAGGAUCCUCGGUGUGCAUAUCAUUGGUCCUAAUGCUGGUGAAAUGAUCUCGGAAGGUGUCCUUGCUAUUGAGUACGGUGCUAGUGCUGAGGAUAUCGCGCGCACGACGCAUGCUCAUCCCACGCUCAGCGAAGCCUUCAAGGAGGCUGCUAUGGCUGCUUUUGGCAAGCCCAUUCAUAUGUAAUAAAUUUCUGUGGCAUACAUAAAAUAGAUUCUUUUAAGUUUCUUGCCUCCUGGCAGGUGGGUUUUCAUUGUGGAAGCGAAGGCGUAAGUCCAACUUUGUCACUGUACGACUUCAUGGUUGCAAACCUUCGAGGGUUGUUGAUAAUUUGUA